AUGAACAAACAAUCGAUUCUUUAUCGAUACCAUGUCGGGAUUCUUCAACUUCUAGACCCGUUUCUACUUUGUUCAAGUUCUCUCAAAGUCCCUUAUUGUAGCUUGCAGGUGGGGACAAAGAAUUAUGGAGGAGGUGCUGGUUUAUGUAGAAGGUUUUGUGGGUUAAAGCUAUGGAUGAUUGAAAGAUUCAAUCGUUGGCAAAAGAAUGGGGAGUUUGGACCUUUGAAGGAGUUCAUGACUAUAAGGAAUCAAAAUUUGCCUGAUGAUUCCGUUGAAGAGACUAAAAGAGCUCCGGAACCUGAAGAAAGUUCGUUGCAUGAACUUCAAGCUAAUCCCUUAACAAAUGUGGUGCCUUCACCAAGUCAUUCCUUGACUAAUGCGACUGAGGGAGGUAGAGGGCCUUCUCUCUGCAUUGCAGUCAUUGGAGCUACUGGUGAGCUUGCAAGGGGGAAAGUUUUCCCAGCCUUAUUUGCUCUGUAUUAUAGUGGCUUUCUACCUGAGGAUGUAGGUAUCUUUGGUUAUUCAAGAAAGGAUUUGACAGAUGAAGAUAUGAGAAACAUUAUAGCCUCAAAUUUGACUUGCCGCAUUGAUCAUCAACAGAACUGUGGGGACAAAAUGGAGGCUUUUCUUAAUAGAACUUACUAUCUUAAUGGAGGUUACGAUAAUAGAGAAGGGAUGUCAAAGCUAAAUGCCAGAAUGGAGCAGAUUGAGGAAGCACUUCUUGAUGUUGCAUCCUGUCUUGCUGAUAAUGCCCAAACCCAUAAUGGCUGGAAUCGUAUAAUAAUUGAGAAACCUUUUGGGUUUGAUGCACAAUCUUCUCACCAAUUCACAAAGUCUCUUCUCUCUAAGUUUGAGGAGAAGCAAUUAUACAGGAUAGAUCAUCUUUUAGGAAGGAACCUCAUUGAGAACCUCACAGUGUUAAGGUUCUCGAAUCUGGUUUUUGAGCCGUUAUGGAGCAGAAAUUAUAUACGCAAUAUACAGAUCAUUUUGUCAGAGGACUUCCACUCACAGACAGGAAGGUAUUUUGAUGGUUAUGGAAUCAUUAGGGACAUAGUGCAUAGCCAUAUACUCCAGACAAUAGCACUACUUGCCAUGGAGCCACCAAUAAGUCUUAAUGGAGAAGAUAUUAGAAAUGAAAAGGUCAAGGUUUUAAGAUCAAUUUGCAGAUUGGAUCCUAGUGAUGUCAUUCUUGGUCAAUAUAAAGAUACUUCUGGAGACAAAGUCGAUGCAAAUUUAAACAAUCUGACGCCGACCUUUUUUGCUGCUGCAUUAUACAUUGAUAAUGCACGCUGGGAUGGUGUGCCUUUUCUAAUUAAAACGGGCCUGGGACUCAUCAAACACAGAGUGGAGAUACGUAUACAGUUCCGUAAUGUCCCAGGAAAUCUCUAUCGUGAACGUGUUGGGCAUAACAUUGAUCUGGCUACUAAUGAGCUGAUUCUAAGCGAUGCACCUGAUGAAGCCAUCCUGGUAAAGAUUAAUAAUAAGAUUCCAGGACUAGGCUUGCAGUUGGAUGCCUCUGAACUUAAUUUGCUCUAUAAGGACAAGUAUAAUGCAGAGGUGCCUGAUUCAUACGAGCAUCUUCUUCUUGAUGUCAUUGAUGGAGACAACCAUCUCUUCAUGAGAAGCGAUGAGCUUGCAGCUGCAUGGAAUAUUCUAACUCCAAUCCUACAGGAGAUAGACAAGAACCAUACAACACCAGAACUCUACGAACUGGGAGGUAGAGGUCCAAUUGGACCAUAUUAUCUUUAUGCCAAACAUGGGGUUCGGUGGAUAGAUGACUGA